CAGUAUGACGCAGCUCUCUCCGGCGCGCGCGCGCACACGCACGGCUGUUGUCAUGGACUCACGCAGCUGCUGACAGGUAAAGUCAGCGGCUUCCGCUAUGUUAGCCCGGCGCUUUCACCAAACACUCGCCUUAUUCUUUACCGCCGGAACCAGUAGCCGUCGGCUGUGACUCAGAUGGCCGACGUGGUGGGCCAGCGGGGCCUGCUGGCUCUGGGUCUCCUGCUGGCCUGGAUGCUCCUGUUCCACCUGCUGGUCAACAUCUGGCUGCUGUGCGUCUUCACCAGCCUGCUGGUGGUGCUGGGGGGCUGGCUGGGCUCGCAGGCCGUCCUGGAGUCCGACAGCGUGCUGCACCUGGAGAGGUUCAUCCCGCUAGAGCCGGGCCCCCCCUCCCUGGAGGACGAGCUCCACCUGGAUCAGGAGAUCCGGGACACAGUGAGGAAGAUCAUCAGGGACUUCGUCAGCUCCUGGUACUCCUCUGUGUCCUCGGAGGGACGCUUGGAGGCGGAGCUUCAUCAGGCCAUGUCCUCCAUGGCCGUGGAGCUGAAGCUGCGAGCGAGGAAGGUGGACAGGAAGGAUCUGGCAGAGAAGGUCCUGCAUGUGUGGGGGGGGCACCUGCAGGACUUCCUGGAAGCCAAAGAGCUGCAGGUGGAGAAGUCCAGUGGUGAGCUGCAGCCGCUGUGGGCAGCCUUCUCCAGCAUCAGCAGCCCCCACCCUGCCCUGAACAGCCCCACAGAGGAGGUCCACUAUAUCAGAGCCGUGGCGGGUCUGCUGCUGCAGGUUUUGGUACCCCCCCCCCAUUUGGAGACGCGCAGCGGCCGCUUCGUGGUGGAGGAGCUGGUUUCCUGCGGCGUCCUGCUGCCUCUGGUGGAGAAGCUGUCUGAUCCCGACUGGCUCAACCUCCUCAUCAUUGACGUCUUUGGGGAGGCCAGCGUCCCUCUGGAAACCGCUGCAGGAGAUCCCACAAGUCCCUCCCAGCAUGCACUUUGUGCUGAGCCUGAGCAGGACCCCAUGGCCCCCCCUGAACAGGCAGCAGACCCCCCAUAUGUGGACUGUGAGGCUCCUGGGGGUAGAGUGGAGGACGGGUCAGAUGCAGCCCUUCCUGAGGCAGCGCCCUGUGAUGUGGUGGACUCUGAGGGGGGGGAGUUGACCCACAGCCUUACUGAAGACGACCCCCCCCUCUUUUUAAGACAUUUCUUGAGAAGCAGCAAGGCAAACCCGUUUUAUCUGGAGAACGACUCAGACUUGGACUCUCCUCUAGCCGAAGACAAACCCGGUUCUAUGGAUUCUUUGGUCAUGGUGGGACAGGGGGAGGGGCUGUUUGAGGGGCAGCAAGACUGUGCCCCCCUCGCUGAAAACAGCCCCAGACUAGAGCUGGAGGAGAAAGUUACGGUGAGUCUAGAGUUGGUGGAGGACCAGGGCUGCAGCAGCGUGUCAUCAGCAGGGGGCGCUCACAGCAGCCGGCAGGACCUGGACCAGCCCGGUUCUGGUGCAGGAACCCCCCACAGAGAGCUGCUGCUGAGCGUGGAGCAGGCGGGAAACGAGCUGUCCGUGGGCAGUCCUCUCCAGGGGGGGGCCUGCAUGCCAACGUUCAGCUUUGAGCCGCUCUGCAGCCCAGAGGGGCCCGUCCUGAUCCAGAACCUUCGCAUCACAGGCACAAUCACAGCCAAGGAGCACCGCGGCACCGGGUCCCACCCCUACACCCUAUACACCAUCAAGUACGAGACAUCGGUGGCCUGUGAGAAGACGGGAGGUCUGCAGUCUGUCUCUGAGAAUGGCGAAGGCCUCCAAACCGACGAGAACUCGUGUCCUGGUCAGCCCGUGGCCUAUCACAUGGUCAACAGGAGAUACAGCGAGUUCCUCAACCUGCAGACCCGUCUAGAGGAAAAGCCCGAGCUGCGGAGGCUCAUCAAAGGUGUCAAAGGUCCAAAGAAGAUGUUCCCAGAGAUGCCUUUUGGGAACAUGGACAGUGAGAAGAUCGAGGCCAGGAAAGGCCUGCUGGAGACCUUCCUGAAGCAUCUGUGCGCCAUGCCUGAAAUAGCCAACAGUGAGGAGAUGCAGGAGUUUCUGGCCCUUAACACAGACGCCAGGAUCGCCUUUGUCAAGAAGCCCUUCAUCGUCUCACGCAUCGACAAGAUGGUGGUGAGCGCCAUCGUGGACACGCUGAAGACGGCCUUUCCUCGUUCGGAGCCUCAGAGCCCCACAGAGGACAACGAUGGAGAGCUGGAUGGAGGGAAGCUGUGUGCAGACAAAAGGAACAGGUCCCGUCUCAAGCUCUCUGGUAAGAGCGUCCCCUUGGUGAACGGGUCGGAUGUCCGGGCUCCGGUGCUGUUCAGCUGGGACCACAGCGCCAGCAUGUUUCACGGGAUGUCUCUGGAAGAUCUGGACGCAUUUCUGCAGAAGCAGGAGCAGCUGUCAGCGGGGGCUGAGGGGGGGGAGCAGGUCCAUCUGGGUUCAGGACAACAGGGAGGCGGUGCAGACGUCCAGAGAGGAGAGCAAAGACACGGGGAGAUGCUGCUGGCCGACGUGGCUCUGAACCUCCUUUGUCUGCUGAUGAAGCAGCAGUGGAGCUGGCUGUGCUCGGAGAACGUUCAGAAGGCCGUCAGGCUGCUGUUUGGGACCCUCAUCGACAGGUGGCUGGACGUGAGCGUGGCCAACCUGACCUCCACCAGGUACUGGGUGGCAUACCUGCAGGUCAUCCAGGAAGCCGUGUGGCCUGGGGGGGUCCUGCCCGCUGGUCCUGGACCCGAGCGCAGCCAGCAGCAGAAAGAGCUCACCAAGCAGCGGGCUCUGGAAAGUCUGAUGAGACUUGUACCAGACGCCGUCUCAGAGCUGCUGGGCUCUGAGCCGUACAGGCUCAGCUGGCAGACGGUUCUGGACUCUUUCCAGGACCCCUUCAUCAACAGACACCUGGUCUUCAGCCUUCUGGAUCUGCUGCUGGACGUCCUGGUUCCUGAAGCGGCUGAUGAGGCGUGGCAGAGGGCCGUGCUCCAGGAUCCCCCAAAGAACCCAGAGAAGCUGUUGGACUGAUGGGCGGAGCCUCCCCGACGUCUGAUCACACGUCAUCCUUUCAACAUCCCGCAUUCUUCUGAGCUCCUGGUGUCAGCUGCGCUCUGCAGAUGAUGAAGCUCACUCCCACAGAAUGACUGACAGACGCAGUGAUUGCUGGCCCCGCCCCUUCUCGCCAUUAAAGGAGGAGUUCCUGUUGGAGUGGAGGCUCUGACACCAAUCUGUAAUGUUCCUGAAGGGCCUUUUCCCAGAAUCCCCUGAGUGAGGAUGUGACCCGAUGAUCCACACCUCCUCCCGGGUUUCUGAAGACCUCCACUUCCUGUCCUCCCCCUCUGUGAGGUCUGAGCUGCUGGAGUCUGACGGUGAAGCUGAUCUGGUGUCUGUUCUCACUGCAGAAACUUACAACAAGCUCAGAUGUUCCACUGAAAAAAUCCCGUUUACAAAACAAAACCGGUCCUACAUUUAGUUCUUUUUCAGUCAGGGAUUUUUUUCCUCCCUAUGACGAGUACAAAUCUGAAACAUUUAAGACGUCGUUCUAUCUGUGCGUGUAACCGGGUUUCACUAAAGUACGUUAAGUUGUGGCAAACACACCUCAGGACUUGUGGCGCUGCUGCUCUUGUCAUCUUCGACUCUUUUCCUGAGGAGGGAAGCUGCAGAGAAGAUGCUGCAGAAAGGAGCAGCUCUGAGCAUCCUGGAGCUGUUACAAACCGUGAAGGAAGAGGCGGGCUCUGUCUGCACACGGGUGAAGUUGUAUUUAUUGGAGUAAAAUGUUACUCUUGAGUCCGUCCAUGGGAGAAGGGGGGCAGGUUUUUGCCAACAUGCUCACUUCAUCUUUAUAAUGAGAUGAGCAACUUUGUUAUUAUAGCCUUUGGGAUUCCUGUAUUUGUUGUUUUGAUUCUCAGAUGCUCUGGAUAAAACCAUCAGAAAUAUGUUUUCUUCUGACUUAAAAGCACAUUUACUGCUUGAAAUGUGAAACUUGUGCUUUUGGGUGUAAACUUUCUGCGAUGCUGCUUCUGUGCUGACAACAGCAAUGAUCAUUGUGAUGUCAUUAAAAGGUCAACAUGA